AUGGGCAAAACCACUGUGAAGAUAAUGAACAAACACAAGCCCUGGAUUGAGACAUCAUACCAUGGAAUCAUAACUGAAAACAAUGACACUGUAAUUUUGGAUCCUCCCCUUGUUGCUUUGGAUAAAGAUGCACCUGUUCCCUUUGCAGGUGAAAUCUGUGCUUUUAAAAUCCAUGGACAAGAAAUGCCCUUCGAAGCUGUUGUGCUAAACAAGACAUCUGGUGAAGGUCGACUUCAAGCAAAAAGUCCUAUUGACUGUGAACUGCAGAAGGAGUAUACAUUCAUCAUCCAGGCCUAUGACUGUGGAUCAGGACCAGGUGGAACAAAUUGGAAAAAAUCUCACAAGGCAAUGGUCCAUAUCCAGGUAAAGGAUGUUAAUGAGUUUUCACCAACUUUCAAGGAGAGUGUGUAUAAGGCCACUGUGACAGAGGGAAAGAUCUAUGACAGCAUACUGCAGGUAGAAGCCAUAGAUGAGGACUGUUCCCCGCAGUAUAGCCAGAUCUGCAAUUAUGAGAUUGUCACAACCGAUGUUCCUUUUGCCAUUGACAGAAAUGGUAACAUCAGAAACACUGAGAAACUGAACUAUGAUAAACAGCACCAGUAUGAGAUAAUGGUAACAGCUUUUGACUGUGGGCAAAAACAUGCAAUAGAAGAUGUCUUAGUACAAGUUAAUGUCAAACCAGUGUGCAAACCAGGCUGGCAAGACUGGAACAAACGGAUUGAAUACAAGCCCGGUUCUGGCAGCAUACCUUUGUUUCCCAGCAUUCGUCUAGAAACAUGUGAUGGACCAGUUUCCUCAAUACAUACCACCAUUGAAUUAAAGACCAAUUACAUUGGAAAGGGCUGUGAUCGUGAAACAUACUCAGAAAAAUCUCUGCAGAAAUUAUGUGGAGCUUCUUCAGGUGCCAUUGACCUGUUACCAUCUCCCAGUGCAACAACUAACUGGACAGCUGGGCUUGUCAUGGAUAACAAUGACAUGAUUUUUAAAUUUGAUGGAAAGCAAGGAGCCAAAAUCCCAGAUGGAAUAGUCCCAAAGAAUUUAACUGAUCAUUUCACCAUCACUCUGUGGAUGAAACAUGGACCUAGUCCAGGAUUAAGAGCUGAGAAGGAGACUAUUCUCUGCAACUCUGACAAGACAGAGAUGAACCGACAUCACUAUGCCCUGUACGUGCACAACUGCCGAUUAGUAUUUCUGUUGCGCAAAGACUUUGAUCAGGCUGACACCUUUCGUCCUGCGGAGUUCCACUGGAAACUGGAUCAGAUUUGUGAUAAAGAAUGGCAUUACUACGUUGUCAAUGUUGAGUUUCCCGUUGUUACCUUAUACAUGGAUGGAACAACAUAUGAACCUUACCUUGUGACCAAUGAUUGGCCUAUCCACCCUUCACAUAUAGCCAUGCAGCUGACAGUUGGUGCUUGUUGGCAAGGAGGUGAAGUCACCAAGCCCAGAUUUGCUCAGUAUUUCCACGGCAGCCUGGCUAGUCUCACUAUCCGGCCAGGCAAAAUUGAGAGUCAGAAAGUGAUUUCCUGUUUGCAGGCCUGCAAGGAAGGUCUGGAUAUUAAUUCUCUUGAGAGUCUUGGCCAAGGAAUAAAGUAUCACUUCAACCCUUCCCAGUCAGUCCUUGUCAUGGAAGGAGAUGACAUUGAGAAUAUAAACCAAGCUCUCCGAAAGGUCUCAUACAUCAACUCUAGACAGUUUCCUACUGCAGGCGUAAGACGUCUCAAAGUCUCAUCUAAAGUCCAAUGUUUUGGUGAAGAUGUCUGCAUUAGUAUCCCAGAUAUAGAUGCGUAUGUAAUGGUAUUUCAGGCCAAUGAGCCCAAGAUUACAAUAAGUGGGAUGGACCACUUUGCUAGACCAGCUGCGCAAUUUGAAAGUGAAAGAGGUGUUAUUUUGUUACCUGACAUCAGAAUUGUCAGCACGGUCACUAAAAUGGAGCAUCCAGUGGACUUAAAAGAACAUGAUAGAGCCAAUAAGCCAGUGAUAUUAGAGGAAAUGCUCCACAACUUAGAUUUCUGUGAUAUUUUGGUGAUUGGCGCAGAUCUAGACCCUGAUCAAGAGUGUUUAGAACUAGAUCAUGUGGAGCUUCAAGGAAAACAUCUAGAUGCCACAAAUUCCACAGCAGGAUAUUCAAUCUAUGGUGUGGACAGCAUGCACAACUAUGAACAGGUUCUUCGGCAGAUUCGAUAUCGCAACUGGUACACUUCAGCCACCUUUGACAGAAAGUUCAGAGUCAAGUGCUCAGAGCUAAAUGGACGUUACAUUAGCAAUGAAUUUAACUUGGAGGUUAAUGUUCUACACAGCUCCAACUCCAACUUCAUGGACCAUGUAAAUCAUAUGAUAGCACAAACACAAUUUCUCCAAUCUGUCCACCACCCUGAGGGAAGCACAAGUACUGUUCACAACUCAGUUGUUCCAAGUGUGGCUACUAUCAUUAUCAUAAUCUGUGUGAGCAUACUCAUUUUCAUCAUAACCUUGGGGGUCUAUCGAAUUUGGACAGCUCAUCAGCACAGCUCUACAGACAACGAAGGAAGUAAAGAAAAUGAAAUGGAUUGGGAUGAUUCUGCUCUGACUAUUACCGUCAACCCUAUGGAGAAAUAUGAAAAGCCUCACCAGAAAGAAGAGGAGAGUGAGGAAGACGACAUAGAAGAUGAAGAGGAAGACACAACCAGUGCUGAAUCAGAUGAAAGUGAGGAGGAGGAGGAAGAGGAAGUGAUUGUCCAAAAGGGAGACAAACAGAAUGGCACCAGGCAAGAGCAGUUGGAGUGGGAUGAUUCAACUCUCCCAUACUAA